GAGGAGGCAGGUCUGUCAGCUGCAGGAUUCCAUCACUCUUAGCAACCGUUGUUGAGUAACCACGGAAACACUCUGCAAUGUUCUCGGCUCCUCCUUUGUCCUCCUCCAUCUCUCUCUCUCUCUCUGCCUCUCACUCCAUCCCGUCUUCAUUGCUGGUGGACUUCCUGUGUGCGUUGCCACGGCGAUGCUCUGGGACAUUCAGCUGGAUGGUUGUGCUGCUGCAGUGUCGGAGCGCCGAGCUCCAGUGAAGUCACUUUGUUUACUUGUCAGACGCCGUCGCACUCCUGCUCCACACACACACACACACACACACACACACACACUCCUCUCCCUCGUGACCUUUAACCUCUGGGCUUCACACCAUUGGACGGGCCGUCCGGUGACAUCAUCAUCAUCAUCAGGAAGUUGGUAGAAGUUUGCUCAGCGGUUGUUGAUGUUUCCACGACUGUGAGACACACAACAACAACAACAACACAACAUCAGCACCAACAUGAACGAGGAGGUGGAGGAGUCAACGCUGCCCGAGGAGGAGGAGAUGCAGCAGAGUGAACAGCAGCAGGAGGAGGAGAUGCAGCAGAGUGAACAGCAGCAGGAGGAGGAGAUGCAGCAGAGUGAACAGGAGAAGGAGGAGGAGAUGCAAAAAAAGCUGGACGAACAGCAGAACAGUGAGGAGCAGCAGCAGCAGCAGCAGAACAGUGAGGAGCAGCAGCAGCAGCAGCAGAACAGUGAGGAGCAGCAGCAGCAGCAGAACAGUGAGGAGCAGCAGCAGCAGCAGCAGAACAGUGAGGAGCAGCAGCAGCAGCAGCAGCAGAACAGUGAGGAGCAGCAGCAGCAGAACAGUGAGGAGCAGCAGCAGCAGCAGCAGCAGCAGCAGCAGAACAGUGAGGAGCAGCAGGAGUUUGUGGAUCCUCUGGAGCAGAAUCACAAUAAUCAGGUCCUGAUCCGACUGAGAGGAAUGCAGAAAUACAAAAGUACAUCACAGAGGCUGAAGAUGGUCAUGGAGCAGAUGGACCGCGGGGUCGUGGACCUGCAGGAGCUUCGCAGGAACCUGGAGCUUGCUGCUGCCAUGUUGGACGCCGUGUACACGGAUGAGACCAGGCGUCUGUUGGACACCGAGGACGAGCUCAGCGACCUGCAGGCGGAGUCGGUUCCCAGCGAGGUACGUGAUUGGCUGGCGUGUACCUUCACCAGGAAGAUGGGCGUGGCCAAGCGUCGCCCGGAGGAGAAGCCGAGAUUCAGGAGCAUAGUUCACGCGGUGCAGGCUGGGAUCUUUGUGGAGAGGAUGUACAGACGGACGUCCAACAUGGCCGGUCUGACCUUUCCUCCCACAGCUCUGACGUCUCUGAAGCAAGUGGACCAGUGGUCGUUUGAUGUUUUCUCCUUCCACGAGGCCACCAGUGACCACGCCCUCAAGUUCCUGGUCUACGACCUGCUGACCCGCUACGACCUGGUCAACAGGUUCAGGAUCCCAGUCCAGGCUCUGGUGCAGUUUGUUGAAGCUCUGGAGAACGGCUACAGCAAACACAAGAACCCGUAUCACAACCUGAUCCACGCUGCUGAUGUCACUCAGACCGCCCACUUCCUGAUGCUGCACACAGGACUGAUGCACUGGCUCAGUGAGCUGGAGAUCCUGGCGAUGGUUUUCGCUGCAGCGAUCCACGACUUUGAACACACGGGAACCACCAACAACUUCCACCUCCACACCAGGUCAGAGGUGGCCAUUCUCUACAAUGACAGGUCAGUGCUGGAGAACCAUCACAUCAGCGCCGCCUACAGGCUGAUGGCAGAGGAGGACAUGAACAUCCUGAUCAACCUGAACAAGGACGACUGGAGGGAGCUGAGGUCUCUGGUCAUAGAGAUGGUGAUGUCCACAGACAUGUCCUGUCACUUCCAGCAGAUCAAGACCAUGAGGAACGUCCUGACCCAGGCGCACAGCAUAGACAAAGUGAAGGUGUUGUCUCUGAUGCUUCACGCCGCUGACAUCAGUCAUCCAGCCAAAGCCUGGCCGCUGCACUAUCGCUGGACUCACAGUCUGAUGGAGGAGUUCUUUAGACAGGGAGACAAAGAAGUGGAACUGGGCCUUCCCUUCUCUCCUCUGUGUGACCGUAAAGCCACCAUGAUCGCUCAGUCACAGAUCGGUUUCAUCGAUUUCAUCGUGGAGCCAACCUUCAGCGUUCUGGUCGACACGACGGAGAAAGUGAUCGGACCUCUGAUAGAAGAGGACCGGAAGGCCCGCGAGACCGGGACCAGGAGGUCCAGUUUAACAGGAAGUGGCUCUGUGACCGUGGAGUCGGUGCAGAGACACAGUAGUAAUCGCCAUGGAAACAGCGACGACGGACAGACAGACUUCUCGCUGACCGCCAUCGACCUGCCAGGUCUGCGGCGCCACCUGUCGGACGUCAUCACCAGCAACAAGGACCGAUGGAAGGAGCUGUCUGUGCACGAGUUGGCCAAUAAGGAGCAAGAGAAACAAAAGGAGGCGGAGUCCAACAUCGACUCAGAUGUCCAGUCACAUGACUCACCCCAACACAGUGCCCCUGAUGGACACGCCUCCGACCAAUCAGACGCCUCCCUGCCUGAUCAGACACAUGACAACCAGUCACCUGACCACAAACCUGCAGGUCACAUGACCUGCAACGGGGCGGGGCAAAGUGAGGAGACCGAGGAGGAUGUAAAAGAGGAAGUGCCUGAAAACGCCUGACGCCGCCGCUGCGCAGCGACCUCACCACUGUAUCUGACUGAGGCGGGUCACCAUGGCAACAGUGACGACCAGAGUUCAGAGUUGAAACGCAGCAGUUGACGCCGCAGCGACCAAACCCUGACAAAAUAAAAAAGGCGGGACCUUUUGUUUAUGACAUAUCGCACAUGUUACAGCAUCGUGGUCCGUUACCGUGUCAACGUGUCACGUGAUUUUUUUUCUUAGAGACUCAGCGGAACGUUGUCUGUGAAAAACAUCAAAGCUAACGUGAAAAUAAAGAGGUGAAAAACAAAGAGUGUAGGUAGGUGCUGUGGCUUAGAGGGUCCUAUAGGUGGCAGUAGACGCGUGGUUGGUGGCAAGGGGGCGGAGUCAUAGAGUGACACGUGUUCUUUAAAUAUUUAAAUAUUCUGUACAUGUGACGUGACUCCUGAUCUUCUCUAGAAUCAGAUCCUCAACUGACCUGUUUGCUAAUCGCUGUGGUUAUAGGCUAAUUUUAGCAUGCUAACAUGCUAUCUAAGCAAACAUACCUGAUUAACAUCAGUACUUUAGCAUGACUAGCCUGCUAACAUGCUGAGUUGAUGGAUAUCGUUAUACACAAUAAUCCUUAGCAUUUUAGCACGCUAAUUAAGCAUGGUUAACGUGCCAAAUUACCAUUUUAGCAAGCUGAUUUAGCAUUUUUUAAGCCUGCUAACAUGCUGAGGUGAUGGUAACUGUUAUACCCAAUAAUCCUUGGCACUUUAGCAUGCUAAUUUAGCAUGUUUCAGCCCGCUAACAUGCUAAACUCAACAAAGAUGGUGGAAAACAUUUAUAAUGCUAACAUGCUAAUAUGAUGGUAACUGUUACAUAUCAAUGUAAAUAUUAAUAUUUUGGCAUAUUAGCAUGCUAAUGUUAGCAUUUAGCUUAGAGCAUCAAAAUUAGCCUUCUAUAUUUAUAUCAGGAGCAGGGUAACGUAUGUUUACAGUAGCCUACACUGGACAAACUUAACCUGUUUUGAUGCUAACUGAAGGCUACAUAGUUUCAACAACACAUGAAAGAGUGAGAUGAUUUUCAACCGAAACUUUAAAGAAUAAAUGUUGAUAAAAUGUACACACUGUACCUUUAAAAAAAAAACAAAAGUCCACUGAUGAUUAAUGAUGUGACAUGAGGUCAGAGGUCAUCUGUGAUUGACAGCAGUGGAUCCAGAGGAAGUUUACGUGUUUACUAAUUUAAAGGAUGUUUACAUUAUCAAAAUGGCCGCUGAUGUACAGUUUCUUCAUCAUUGAAGACGAAGAGGACGCUGAUAAAAACAUGUGACUGUAACUUCUUAUGACUGUCAAUAAAUUACACUGCCAAACACA